AUGGGCAACGGAGACAAAAACGACCAAGGAUUUGGCUGCAAGAAGUACGGCGUCCCUCUCUACGGCGCCGCGUGGGUUCCAACCGCCUCCGCCGCCGUCAAAGAAGAUCAGUCAUCUGAACGGGAAAGUCCCGCUUCAAUCAGUCGCCACGUCGUUCUCGCCGGAGGUGGCGGAGAAGGCCACAGCGGAAUUCCGAAUUCUCUCCUCCUCUCAGCCUUCGAUUACGAAUCGGCUUCCCUCUCAGAUGAGCCUAUUAUCACUGCAAUUUUACCACUACCCAUCCUCCUAGAACAUUCCAUCCCUUAUCUAAUUACAUCUCCCAUCAACACCUAUCCCCUCCUGAAAGAGCAUAUUCUAUUGCAUUAUCCUCCAUUCAUGAACCCACCACCUAUGAGCAAGUUGUGCCCUGCCGUCAUUGGCAGAAUAAUGCUGAGAUUUCUACUAUGA